CGCGCUUCUCGCAGUGGCUACGGAGGCCGGGUUGCCAGGAUUCUUAGGAAAAUAAGAAUUCCUAGAGUCUUCAUACAAGAUCUUCAUUUACACAGCUGUUAAAUCCAAGACUACUGUGGUGAAGCCAUGAAUAAAGAUGCAUCUGUGAUAUCAUCUGAUCUGCUUCAAAAGAAUCCUGCUUUUCAUAUGAUUACAAUUGCCAGGAAAGCUGACCUUGGUCUGAAGAUCCUGGGAGGAAUUAAUCAAAAUGAAGGUCCCUUUGUAUAUAUUCAAGAAAUAAUUCCUGGAGGAGACUGUCAUAAGGAUGGACAUUUGAGACCAGGAGAUCAACUUGUCUCUAUAAACAAGGAGUCUAUGAUUGGUGUAUCUUUUGAAGAAGCCAAAGACAUAAUUUCCAGAGCCAAGUUGAGGUCAGAAUCUACAUGGGAGAUAGCAUUCAUAAGGCAAAAAUCUGGCAACAGUUAUCCAGAGACUCCAUCAUGUACUUCUCCCAUACAAACUUCAGGAGAAUAUGGACCUCAAAACUUAACAUUGAAUCUUCUUUCUUCAUCUCCUAAAAACCUGAUUCCAAAGACCUCAUCCACUCCCAAAGAUACUACCAAUGUCAUUUUACCUUCAAUUAAGAUUAAUCAGAAAACAGAACAGUUUCCAAUUACAUCUUUGAACAACACCCCUACUGAUAUUUCUAAUACAGAUGUUGUCCCUGCCAGGACUGGUAAUUAUGGACCACAAGGAGAAAAGAUUUCUUUAAAUCCAUCUGUUCGCAUUAAGGCAGAGAAACUAGAAAUGGCUCUUAAUUAUCUUGGUAUUCAGCCCACAAAGGAACAACAUCAAGCUCUGAAACAGCAAGUACAAGUAGAUGCAAAGGGAACAGUAUACUUUGGAGAUUUUGUCCAGGUUGCUAAAAACUUAUUUAGCUUGCAGUUGGAUGAAGUAAAUAUUGGUUCACAUGAAAUUUCAGACAUAUUAGAUUCACAGUGUCUACACUAUGAUUCCUCAGAAACAGAUGAAAUGGAAAGACUUAAGCAUCAAAGAAAUUAUGCCCUGAAAGAAGUAAAUAGACUUAAGGAAAAAUUAUUUGAAUCAGAAAGAGAAAGGAAGCAGUUGUCAGAAGAACUCCAGAUUGUGAAACAAGAAGCCAAAGCUGUAGUUGAAGAAACAAAAGCCCUUCGAAGUCGAAUCCAUCUUGCUGAAGCUGCACAGAGGCAGGCAAUGGGCAUGGAAAUGGACCUAUGAGAAGUGAUCCGUCUGUUAGAGGCUGAGAAUACAGAGCUAAAGGCUCAGCUUGCUGAUUAUUCCGACCAAAAUAAAGAAAAUAUUCAGGAAUUAAGAAAGAGAAUCACAGUACUAGACUGCCAAUUGAGAAAAUCAGAAAUGGCCCGAAAAACUUUUGAGGCAUCUACUGAAAAACUGCUUCAUUUUGUAGAGGCUAUUCAAGAAUUAUUUUCUGAUCAUCCUGCUUUAUCAAAUUUAAGGGAAAGGAGAGCUGUUUUAGUUCCACAGAAUUGCCUCAUACCACUGGGAAAAAAUGGACAUAAUACCGUAGCAACCCUGGCACUUGAAUCUAAGGAGCUUGUUAAAUCAGUUCGUGCCAUACUGGAUAUGGAUUGUAAGUUUUCUACAUUUAUUUUACUUUCAAAAAUGUAAGUUUUGUAACAAAACAAAAGAGAAAAUUUUAAGUACAAAUGUUAUUUAUGCUGUUUUGACUUGCUUAUAAUAAAAUUUAUUUAAA